AUGGCAACAUCUGCCUACUAUCCAAAACCACAACGCCAGAACGGCCACCAUCGAGGCCGUCUUUCUUUCAGCAAUGCGCCUCUUCCAGUCUAUUCCUCGUCCUCCGCCGUGCAGGAGAAAUAUGCCGCAACAAACAGAAUCCAUCAGUCCCCGUGGUGGAUUCAUGUCUCACUACGAAUACCUGGCUUCCCAACUCGACGCUUGCGCAUCUUCUUCAUUAACCCUCGGCGGUUGCACCAUUUCAGCAUGUCGCGGUUUGGCCGCAAAAGAGGCUCCUUCGUGCUAUGCAUCUCAAUACUCUUUCUUAUGUUUUUCGUCUUUGCACUAGGGAAGAGGUUCGGGACGCAUGCUAAACGGUGGCCUGGGCCAUUCACCACAGAUCCACCGACUCUCAUUUUCAAGAGGGAGGAUUUGCAGCGAAUAUGGAAGUGGGAGGUUUCAAGUGGUCACUAUCCAAGUCGGCAAAGAAUACCUGAACAACUACGACUUAGAACUCCUCUCGACAAUCCUGCGCUACCUCCAAGGCGGUCUUCAAACAUACCACAAGGACCAUAUGUGACAGAAACACGAGGAACAGGCUCGAAACGAAUCUAUCUGGAUAUUCAAAGUUCUCCUGAAAACAUCGCAUACCCACCACGCCCAGUGCCGGGGAGUGUUGCCGAUUUAGACGUCGUGAUGGAACAUUGCGAUUUCUCGGAGAAGAAGUUUGUACGCGAUUGUUUAGAAGUGCUGCGCGUCGGCGCUGGUCUCGAUAACGGCAGAAGAGUUAGGCGAGGAAAUAUGGACGAUUGGAAGUAUAUAUACAUUGAGCAACUCAGCAACUCAAGUAGCGCUCUAGUUGCUCGCGGAUUGGAUGAGGAUACAGGACCGAGCUAUGGCAAAGCUCAAGUAACCAUAACUGAAGACCCCAAUGCUGACCCAGACAGCGGGUUAACUAAACGGCGGGGGGUAGAGUGGGAAACACCUCCUAUCGAAUUAUCAAAUCCCAUUCCUUAUCACCCUGCGUCCACCGCUCCUUCCCAAUGUGAUCCUGAAAAUCCACGUAUAUUUCAUAUGUUCUGGACAGGACCAUUCACGGAUAAACCAUAUCUUGCCAUUCUCUCGUUCCUGUUCACUCAAAAUACUGGAUUACACCUUAACGAAUACCCUUCCAACGGUGUCUGCAGACCGCAGUUUUGGCUAUGGAUUAAUCCUGGUCCUGCAGCUGCUGUACCGAAUCCCGCGGCCUAUAGAGACAUGUACGACCAGCUAAAAUCGAAUCCAUGGGCAUCACCAUUUCUCCAUCCCCGGUUUAAAGACAUCAUACAUUUUAAAAUGUGGAAUACAACCGAGCAAUUGGACGGUGUGCCGGAAUUGAAGGAUGAAUGGCGGUCCAGAGAUCUCUUCAAUUCGGCCGGGUAUGUCAUCCCUGUACCCCACAAAUUGAACGAGAAUCCAGGUAUUCCUGAUGAAAAUGCCACCGCAUAUCUUUCAACGGCGACGAGAGAGGACGACAUGAUUAACCGUGCUGGUUCGAAAUCCCUUUCAAGUUAUGACCGGUUGUCUGUUAUCCUAUCGGAUAUGGCCCGCUUUGUCCUAUGUCAUCGCUUUGGAGGUAUCUAUCUCGACGCAGAUACCAUAUUUCUGCGAGACUGGGAAGAGCUCUGGGGCUGGAAAGGCGCAUUUGCUUAUCGGUGGUCGCGACUGGAGAAGUAUAAUACCGCCGUAUUACAUCUAAACAAGAAUUCAGCGCUUGGGAAAUUUCUCUUCCGGACGGCAUUGAAAAACAAUCUGGAUUUUCACCCGAUGACAGUUUCUAAAUACACCAAAGAGGCACAUCUUGAGGGUUUGUUAAUGCGUCUGCCUGAUGCACUGUUCGACUCUGCUUGGCUGAUAACUGAGGACCAUCAACAUAUGCGGCCGCCUCAACCUUUUUUCACAAGUUUUGAACAUUUCUUUGACACACCCUCGACUGACAGCGCCGCUCCUCAAGCAUUAGGUUUCGAAGGCUUCUUCAGAGGUGCCUAUUCUUAUCACUUCCAUAACUUUUGGUGGAAACCCUUCGACCCUACCCGUAAUUGGCCCGAUCUGGGACCACGAUUUGCGGAAGGCGAGCGCACCGCCCGUCGAGCCCUUCGUCGCUCUGCAACAUCACCGAAAGCUCAUCAGCAUCACUCAGACGCGGAAUUUGAAGACAGUGCCGAGGAUGUUCGAGUAGAUUUAGGUUGGGCAACAGUGCUAAAGCGCAUUUUUGAGUCAUAUAUUCGGGGUGAGAGGCCAAAUAUGUAUGGUGAGAUGUUACGAUGGUAG